AUGACAAAUAACAACAUCUGAUUGCUUCUAUAGUAAAUAAAAAUAUUUAUUCGUGUUUUGGUAUUCGUAAUUCAUUUUUAAAUAUAUUUACAAUAACAUUGAAAUGGAAGAUGAAUGGUGAUAAUAUUAAUGAUUAUAUGCCAUCUAUUUUGAACCCUAGAGGGGUCAGAAAAUUUAGUGGCGAUCUUUCUUUAACGCAGAAUUCAUUUGUAAGUCGCUCAUCGCUUUCAUUGAGGAGAAGAAAUGUUUUGAAACUAAAAGCUAAGCCAAAGAUACAUCCAGUAAACAAAGAAAACUCUCAAAAUGUAAGAAAUUUAAUUUCUGAUAGUGCCAUAACCAAAAAGAAACCAAACUUAGCAAAACCUGAGGUAGACCAAGAUAGUCUAGGUUUCUCAGCUAUCGAUGACCUACAUAGCGUCGGCAAUUUAGAAUCUCGUUAUCAUGAUCUAGAUGACAUUUUACCAGUCAAAACCAAAGUACCUGAAAAAACAACACCCUUAAUAUCCGAGUCUUCCAAUACUGAACUUGAUUAUGUACUUGCAAGUGAGACGACAGUCGUUUAUACUAGACCCAUUAUCUCGGUCUCAUUCGGCAUCGAUCACUGCCAGACCGUCGAUAUCAACUCCAAAAAGAGUUCCAUCAAAAGAGUCCAAUUUACGCACAACGACGAUAGCACGUUAGUCGACUGCGAUAUCCAAGAAGGUUCGAAAGCAAGCACGGAAAGCGAACCAGACGAUACUAUGGACGAACCCGAUGUCCCCAACCCACUACGAAGGUCCGCCGUCACUGUCAAUUUAGAAAUUAAAAAGAAAAAACCGUCACCCACAGAGACAGCAGAAAACAAAGUUCUAAUUUUAAACACAAGUGCCAUCGAGAAGAUAUCUCAUGUCAUCGUUCAACCACCAAAUUAUAAAUUAGUGAAAGGGAAAAUUUUGGACAAGAGUAAAUUUAAAAGGGAUAGUAAGAGAAACUCAGUGUUAGGUUUAAACGUCAAGAAUGGAAACGUGCGCGAAAGACUGAGGCAGAAAACUAUUGACAGUUUUUUCCCUAAACGUUCGAAUGUUUUAAGCCUGAAGGUAUCGGAAGGGCGGAGUCUAGCUGAUCCGGUGUGUGACGUGACCGCUCCAGUGUUUAAAGAUGUUGAUGAGGAAAUCAUGAGUAGGAAUUCGGGUGUCGUCGACGCUAUAAAAAGCGAUAGAAGCCGCAAGUUGCCUUACAGCAGGGCGGACAAUGACACGUCGAGUAGGCCGGAGAUCAAGACUUCGUGCUCCUCGCCGCGCGGCAAGACAGACACCCCUAGCUCGCACAGUCCUAGGAAGAAUGUAGACUCGAUUCACUUCAGUUUGCCGCCCAAGUCGGUGUCGGUUAAGAGGUCCACCUCUAACAGGACGAUACCGCAUCAUAAGAUUGUUGCAGGCACACACUUCGCGGUUGACGCGUUCUCGUAUGGAGAGAUCCCGAACGUCAAGUACUAUUUCCUCACGCAUUUCCACUUGGAUCACUACUCGGGUCUCAAGAAAGGCUUUAAUAAAUCUUUGUUUUGUUCGAAAAUUACUGCGGACCUUUGCAUAUCGCGGCUGGGCGUGAAUCCUAAGUGCAUCCACGUGAUCAAGUUGGACGAGACCAUUCGGAUCGAUGGCGUUGAGGUGACUGCGGUCGAGGCCAACCAUUGUCCGGGAGCCGUGAUGCUGGUGUUCACGCUCCCCAACGGCAAGACGUUGCUGCACACGGGCGACUUCCGAGCCUCUCCCGUCAUGGAGUCCUACCCUAUAUUCUGGAAUAAGGACAUUCACACCAUAUACUUGGAUACCACGUACUGCAACCCCCGCUACGACUUCCCAACGCAAGAGCAGAGCCUCGAGAUGGCGCUGUACAUCCUGCGCCAGAAGAAGGUCGCGCUCGAGAAGGUCGGCAAGAAGUUCUCGUCCGUGCUCAUCGUGUGCGGGACUUAUACUAUUGGCAAGGAGAAGUUCUUCCUGGGCAUGUCCCGGCGCGUGGGCUGCGCGGUGUGGGCGUGCCCCGAGAAGGACCGCGUGCUGGCCGCCGUGGAGGGGCGCAGCUUCGGCCACGCGCCGCCGCACUCCUGCCAGCUGCACGUCGUGCCCAUGCGGGACCUCACGCAUGACAAACUACGCAGCUAUCUCGACAGCCUGAAGGGCGCGUUCAGCGAGAUCGUCGCGUUCAAGCCCACGGGCUGGGAGAACGGCAAGUCCACUAGUGGGGAGAAAGAUAUGGUCACAAUUCACGGCAUCCCGUACAGCGAGCACUCGAGCUUCUCGGAGCUGAUCCGCUUCGUGAAGUUCCUGAAGCCGAAGCAGGUCGUGCCCACCGUCGACAUCUCCGGCGGGGUCAGGGCCGUGCAGACGUACUUCCCGUGUCCGCUGGUCCACAAGGAGGAGAUGCACAAUCAGAGCAAAGUGACGGACUUCUUCAGCAUACAGAACUCCCCGCAAGUGCCCGCCGUCACCUGAACCAGGAUGUAUUCUGGAUGAUACGACAGUAAGCUGCCAUUUACUUCACCAGUCUGUGAUUUUUUGGUAUGAUAUUAUUGUAUACUAGGUUACUAUUUAUAAAACGUUGAUUGAUUUGUAUUAAAUGAUUGAAAUUUU